AUGAAGGCCACAACACUCUUUAUCGCGCUUCUCACUGUUACUGAAGCAGCCGAUAUCGUUCCCAGCACUGGCACCACCGCAUUGAGAGAAGAGGCGCAAAAGAAGAACGUUCUCAUCGGUUCCGGUGCCAUCAACCCGACCUACCUCGAUGAUCCCCGGUUUGCAUUUGUGCUUGCAGAGCAGUUCAACAGCCUCUCGCCUGAGAAUAAGCUCAAAUGGAAUUUCAUCAACCCAACCCCAGGCCAGUAUGACUGGGAUAAGAUCGACCGCCUUGUUGACUUCGCCGAAGAAAACAAUAUGAAGGUCAAGGGACAUGGGUUCAUAUCGGGAUGUUGUAACCCGGACUACCUCCUCAACAUCACCGACGCUACAGAAGUGCGUACUGCGAUGAAGACUCACUUCGAAGCGGUUAUGCACCGGUACGAUGGCAAGAUGGAUCGCUGGGAUGUUGUAUCCGAAGCCCUGGAAACGCAAGGGGGUGGCUUGCAAGUGAACAACUUCUUCUACAAGACACUUGGUCCUGGUUACAUUGCAGAUGCCUUCCGCAUCGCCCGGGAAGCAGGGCCGGACGCCAAGCUGUACCUCAACGAGAACAUGGUUGAGUCUAAUUCUGGCAAACGUCAGGAACUCUACGACCUGGUUUCUGGUCUGGUGAGGGACGGCGUUCCGAUUGAUGGAAUUGCUCUGCAGAUGCACGUUACUCUGGAACCCUUGGUACCGGGCGUCAUCACAGAGAUGGUAGAUUUCUUCAAAGGACUUGAACUAGAGGUUACUAUCGCGGAGUUGGAUGUCCAUACGUACAAUGCUACACAGCAGACAGAAAUUUACGGCGCCGUCAUUGAAGAGGCUUUGGCAUCGGGAAUAACCGACAUUUCUUUCUGGGGUUUCACGGACAAACAUCUUUACACCUGGCUUCCAGGCGCGAAACCCUUGAUGUUCGAUGAGGACUACAGCGCGAAAGGAGCAUUUUACGCUACUCACACUGCCUUGACGAACUUUGUCAAUGCUCCCUAG